CUAAUUUAGUAGUUUAAUAUAAUUAGCAGAAUUUGCUCGGACUUAAUUUUAUUUUUCAUGUUUUUAUCUUGAAUACAACCUAUCCGCGUGUUUUACAGAAUAAUUUGUGAUUUUGAUAGUAUCACAAUGUAUGAAGUAGUGACCAAUAUGUUUUUAUACCUGACAAAUUAUAUAUAGUGUCACGGUGGCGGGUUGCUCGCAUACAGAGGGCGCGAGCUCGGGCACGCGGCCCGCGGACACCAUCCGUCGCGUGAAGGUCAAGAUGUCGUCCGUGUCGGCGCAGGGCGUGGUGGAGCGCGCGUCGGCCGAGCUGUCGCGCCGCAUCACGGGGCUGGGGCUGCGCGGCCGCAAGCGCUCGCCCGGCGUCGUGGAGCGCGUGGCCAGCGCGCUCUGCGGGCCCGCCGUCACCGCGCCGCGCGUGCCCCGCCGUCGCCGGCCCACAGUCCGACCUCUAGUCUGGACUCAGUUUGUUCUAGACGACAGGUUUCUCGAGAAAUUCUUUCUUUACUUCAAUGCGAGCGAAAGACGUAAUCUCGCUCAAGUGUGCACCAAAUGGCGAGAUGUCCUGUACUCAUCGCCGCGGUGGUGGAGCGGUUUGGUUGCUGUGCUGGAUUGUCGCGAACUACGUUCGUCCACCAAUUGUUGUAUGCAGAGAUUUUAUAAUACUUUAGUGAGAAGAGGAAUUCGAGGGGUGAUUUUAGUUUCGGCAUCCGAUGAUGACAUUAAUGAAUUUAUAAGGCAGUUCCCGUUAUCUACUCACCAUGUGCACGCUAUAAGCUUAAAAGGAUGCACCAUAACAGAUAGAGGAUUAGAAGCCAUUUUAGAUCAUUUACAGGUUCUGUUUGAACUAGAGUUAACUGGAUGCAAUGAAAUAACAGAAGCUGGUCUAUGGGCAUGUCUAACUCCACGAAUUGUAUCACUCACGCUUACUGAUUGUAUUAACAUUGCUGAUGAGGCUGUAGGGGCCGUAGCACAGUUGCUUCCAUCACUGUACGAGUUCUCUCUCCAAGCAUACCACGUGACAGACGCUGCGCUCGGCUACUUCUCCCCGAAGCAGAGCGCUUCACUGAGCGUGCUCAGGCUGCACAGUUGUUGGGAGCUCACCAACCAUGGCGUCGUUAACAUUGUGCACUCGUUGCCGAACCUGACAGUAUUAUCGUUGAGCGGCUGCAGCAAAGUGACGGACGAGGGCGUGGAGCUGCUGGCGGAGAACCUGCCGCGCCUGCGCAGUCUCGACCUCAGCUGGUGUCCGCGCGUCACCGACAACGCGCUCGAGUACAUCGCCUGCGACCUCAACCAUCUCGAGGAGCUGACUGUCGACAGAUGUGUGCACAUAACGGACAUCGGCGUGGGCUAUAUCAGCACCAUGCAGUCCCUGCAGGCGCUGUUCAUGCGCUGGUGCUCUCAGCUGCGCGACUUUGGGGUCCAGCAUCUGUGCGGCAUGCGGUCCCUGCAGCUCUUGUCUCUGGCCGGUUGUCCGUUACUGACGUCUGGCGGGUUGUCAAACCUCAUCCAGCUGAGGCAACUGCGCGAACUAGAGCUCACCAACUGUCCGGGCGCGUCGCCCGAGCUCUUCGACUACCUGCACGAGCAUCUGCCUCGCUGCGUCAUCAUUGAAUAAACGCCGUAAGGAAAAUUUUCUUAUGCGAUAAAUGCUCGCUACGAUUCAUGAGACUGAGCGAGAAAGUGGUACCAAUUAUAUGUAAUGUUCGAGGCGGCAGCGCAAUUAAAACAAGGUACCUUACCUUGAUUCGUCUACGUACAUAGUCUUCACAAAUUUGAAUGCUAUCUUGAUUGUACUGUAGUGAAGUAGUAGACUAAGUAGUAUUUUAAGUGACGUUAUGAUAAUCAAUAAAAGAUCAACGAACACAAUCAUACGCAUUCAGCAAUGCGCCGACUGGUAAUAUUGAUUAUCAUAACAUCACUUAUAUUAUACUUAUACUAAUACACAAUACAUGUACAUGCGCCGUUGUCAUUUCAUGGCUCGUGGCGCGCAUUGUAUGCUAUACUUAAAUUUUGUAGUUCAUAACAUUCGGGAUGAAAAGAGAUCCGUCAACCUUUAGUUAAUCAUAUUUUUUCCCUGUGAAAUUGUAAGCACAGAAUUCUUCUGGGUAUACCAACCUUGGGAUGCAUGACUUAUUUUUGAGGCAUACUACGAGUACGUAGUUAUACAGGUUUAAGAUAAUUUCUUUUAGAGGAGUGCUUUUUGCACUUCUUUGCUCAAUCUGAAUGAAUUCUAUUUUUAACAAACUCUCACGUCUAUUUCCUACAGGACAUUAUUUUAUACUAAUUAUUAUUUUUUAAUUUUAUCAGGACAUUGUUAUAAAUUAUUUAAAGGGGCGGUGUUUCCUAAUAAGUAAUACUAGUCAGUAAUGUAACUAAAAUAUGAAUCCAUGGCAUCUGUAUUACGGGGUUAGGCAAUGGUCACUUAGUAUGUUAAUUUAGUAUAGAUUAGCUCGGGUAGCGUUGGUUCUAGAAGUGAAAUUUGAAAAGAUAUUGCUAAAUACAUGCGAGGGAGCUUAGCUCAUGAUGUGUCCAAUCCUUGCCUCGUAGUAAAUUGGACAACUUCACUCAGUAAAAUAAUUUUCACUCAAUAAAAUUAAAUAUAUAUAUUUAUAUAUAUAUAUAUACAUAUAUAGCGUCCCACAGUAAUCAGAAUCAUGUUCUAUUUAAUAUGCUAGUGUCAUUCAAUGACGGUGUAGGUAUAAGACGCACACUCAUAAAUGACGUCUACACAUGUAUAGCACCUUAUUUGAAUGAUGCUAAAGCUUUUAUUGGACCGUAUUGUUCCUGUUGUCUGUUUGCAAUCAAAUAUUAAAGAAAAAGGAACAAAGUGGAAGUGCGUAACUUCGGUCUUUUGGGUGAUUGAUGAUCUGACUGAGGACCCCUGUUUCGGUGUCAAUGGUUUGAAUGUGUCUUAAUAAUUUAUUACAUCUUAUGAACAUGUUUGAGUGUUUAAUAAGUAAACUUUUUUGAAAUAUUUAAUAUGUACAUACUUAUGUACUUCGGUGUUGUAUUUGGUUGUGGAGUAGAAUAGUUGGAUUUUAUUGACUAGUUCAUAACUUUAUGUUCAAGUAGAUGCGAUUGUGUUAUGUUACAAUCUGAAUGAAAUAUGGCAUAGUUUUUUAUGAUUAAUAUAUUAAAAUAUGACCAUAAUGUAUUACUUUUUACAUAAAGGGUGUUUGUGUGAAGAAUUAUCGUUCAGAGAGAAUACAGAGAUUCCUGCAUCGGCUGGGUGUGAUAUAAAGAGCAACAACAAUUUAACUAGAUGGAAAAAGGGAGAAUAAUGUCUUAUUAGUUAAAUUACUUGAGAAGUUCCAAAUACUUUAACUACUCGUAAAAAAUGUCUGCAUAGUAACUAGAUAAAACAGACUGGAAUAUUACUUUUGUUAUUGUUUAUAAUUACUUGUAUCGUCAUAUUUUAGGGUUUAACAUUCAAUGGUUUAAGAUCGACUGUCUUCACACGGCCACCUGUAUGAAUCCGAUAUGGUUUUGACAUUUAGUUUAGACGGCGAUAUAGGUGUUAAUUCUUCUUAUAAUUGACAUUUCAACAUUUUUGUAGCCAUCAUUGUAUUUAUAGCUAUUUGAUGUGUAUUUGUUUAGUCUUGUAUUAGUUUUUGCAAUGGAUUGUUUGUAUUGAUUGAUUUUAUGAAUUCAUUAUUAUUUUCUAAUUGUUUUGUAUUUUCUCGGUUAUAAUAUCUAUACUGAUUAUUUUGUAUUAUAAGACAUGGAUUGCUCAAAAUGUUUGUCCAUAAACUAUUUACACACCCUUAACUAUGUAGUAAUGAAAAUAAUGAACAAUUAUUUAAAAAAAUUAACACAUAUUCUCUCGGUCAUGGUUUUUAAGGAAAUAAUUCAUUGCCUGAUUGCGAAUGACAAUUUUGAUUAUAAUUGUGCAGUCUAUUACAUUGGCAUAUUGUACAUUACAUUAGUAUAUUUAUAAUGCGCAAGUAUAGCAAGCAGUGUAUAUAUAAUACGCAAGCAAAUACUAAUAAAACAGUAUCAAAUCUAACUACAGUUUUAUUACUAUUUGCUUGAGCAUUAUACAUAUACUAAUGUAUUGUAGUGUGCAAUGUAGCUCCCAGGAUUGUGUGUAAUUUAUCAAGAGAUCUUGUUUUAUAAAUCGAUCAUCAACAUCAGUCAGCCCUAUUAAUGUCCUUACUUCUGAGACACUAGCCUUCCAUGGAUUGACAAGUAUGGGUUCUGCCGAAUGCGGUAUGAUGGAUGAAAUGGUAAAAUAAAUUUGAAGUUCAAGAAUUUUGUUAGUAGUACCUAGAACUGUUAUUAGGUAUCGAAUUAGUUUGUUAAUAACAUAGAUAUCCAUUGUGUAAGUGGUAUUGAUAUUAUUGUGUAAGUAAUUACUUUGGUCCUAUAAUUAGGUGUUAGAUUUAAAUCUUUUUUUUCUUGGUCUAGUCCGAUCACUUUAGUUUUAAGACUUAAAUGAUACCAGCCAUCACAUGAGAACGCAUCUUAUUUACCGAUUUAGACACAUGCUAAAAACAAUAUAAUAUUAAUUUUAAAAGAUCUCAUUUUGAGACUUUCUAUGUUUUCUAGUCAUUUUAAUACAUUUUAUUGAUUUAUAAUAACAUUUUGUUAUCAACUUUGUCAUAUAUCCCUUUUUCCACUUUGUGUCAAUUCUUAAUCCUGCAACAAUCAAUUUUCACAUUCUAAUAAAUCUCAGCCUCAUGUUAAUUUUAGUACAAAACAGUAGCUAAAAAAAAGACAUGUUUCUGCCUUACAUCCAGAACUUAGUUUUAUAUUGUAUCUACGGAUCUCGUCAUUCUAUUUUAUUUAAGCAAAUUCGCUUAUGUUUGUGCUAUACCGUCCGAUUUUUGAGAAGGUGCGUAAUGACUGUAAAUAUUUUAUUUCAAGUAAAUAACACAAUGAUGUAUUACAACAAUGACUGCUUUUAACAUCUAUCAAAUUAAAUAUUUAGUGAAAUGCACUUGCCUUGUAUAAAUAUCGCAGGAUGGCAUUGAUUUUAGCACGUACAAUAAUUUAAUUUUAAAAUAAUUGCAUCACCUUUAUCACGAAUAUGUCUAUAUGAGCUAAAACACACAUUGUAACUAUGGCAGCUUUUAUUUGUCAAAUACAUUGGUAUUUGAUAACUCAGAUCAACUCAAAGGCUCGAAUUAAAUGAUAACUUUGACUAUUGAGUCAAAGUUAUCAUUUAAUUUGAGUACAAGGGAUCUGCGUUGUAAUAAGUACCUACUGUAGAUUGUGUAAAUAUAAUAAAAUUAUUCUGAAUUGGGCAGAGCAAUAAAGACACUUGGACCUAUAUUCUACCUAAGUAGAUGAUCGAUUAUUAUUCACUUACUUAAUAUGUAUUUGACUUAAUUACACGUAAUACUAUUUCAAGGUAAAAAAGUCUAUCAUCACCUUUGGCUUACUUUAGCUUCAAAUUAGGUGAAAACUAUCCAUUAAUCACAAGUAAAAUAAUAUAAACAUCAUUUCUAAAAUAACAUCAUAGAAGUAAAACACGUACUUUUAUGUCUUUAUAGUUAGAAGCAUUUUGUUGGUAUAAAAUCUGAUAUUAAUGAGUUGGCAUACAAGUCCAAAGUUUAUAAAUGAAGAUAUUAUAUUAACAGAAGUAUGGAUAGUGUAAGGUAAUCAAUGUACAUAAAUAUAUAUUUGGCAAAAAUAUAAUUAGUGUAUUACAUAUUGAUAAUAAAACUAAGCAACGUAUUCCAUUUGUUCUAUGGAACAUGACAAACUGAGGAAAUAUUUUCCCUAUUCGUACUAUAGAAAAUAUAAUUAUAUCUUACAAAGAGGGAAGUUUUUUUUUCAAUUUAUAUUAGAACAAAUGGGACACCAAAUUUAGUAAUAUUAUUGAAAUCUGCCUUCUGCAACUAUCAAGCAAUAUACUUGAGACUAUCCAGUUCUUCAUAAGUUGCUUUACUCAGUGCAAACUAAUAUGAAUUUUGUAUAAACAAAACUUGAUAUUUUUAUAUAGCUCAUACUUUUCGAUUGUGUGCUGUGUCAACUAACAACAAACUAGUGUUGUGUCAAUGUUUAAAAAAGCAUUUAACGUUUUUGGGUUAUGUAGUUUUCAGUUUUGUGUGUCCGUUGUAAUAAAAAAUUAUUUGCAUAAGUAUUUUUGUGGAUUUGUUCUAUAGUACUAUAAUAGCCCCCAAUUCCAUGACACCCAUUUUGUACAAUAUAUAAGUGAGAUGUUAUAGUGCAAUAUAGAUGUACUGUUUUA